CACGGAGCCGCCCGCCCGGGAGCCCUCUCGGGUACCCCAGGGGCCUCGAGCGCAUCCUUCUCCAGCCCGCGCACGCCGGGGCCGUCUCCGGGAAGCAAACUGACUCCUGACUCCCGCCCCGGAACACCCCCGCCAUGAAGCCCAACUUCUCUCUGCGCCUGAGGGUCUUCAACCUCAACUGCUGGGGUCUUCCCUAUGUGAGCAAGCACCGUUCUGACCGCAUGAAGCGUCUGGGAGACUUUCUGAAUAUGGAGAGCUUCGACUUGGCUCUACUGGAAGAGGUGUGGAGUGAGCAGGACUUCCAGUGCCUGAAAGAGAAACUGUCUUUCACUUAUCCAGCUGCACACUACUUCAGGAGCGGAAUCAUUGGCAGUGGCCUCUGUGUCUUCUCCAAACACCCAAUCCAGGAAAUCAUCCAGCAUGUCUACACCCUCAAUGGCUACCCCUACAUGAUCCAUCAUGGUGAUUGGUUCUGUGGGAAGGCUGUAGGACUCCUGGUGUUCCAUCUAAGUGGACUUGUGCUCAAUGCCUAUGUGACCCACCUCCAUGCCGAGUACAGCCGACAGAAGGACAUCUACCUAGCACAUCGUGUGGCCCAAGCUUGGGAACUGGCCCAGUUCAUCCACCACACAUCCAAGAAGGCAGACGUGGUUCUUUUGUGUGGGGACCUCAACAUGCACCCAAAAGAUCUGGGCUGCUGCCUGCUGAGGGAGUGGACAGGACUGCAUGAUGCCUACCUUGAGACCCAGGACUUUAAGGGCUUUGAAGAAGGCUAUACCAUGGUACCUGAGAACCAUUACGUCAGCCAGAAGGAUCUGGAGCCAUUUCCAUGUGGCAUCCGCAUUGACUACGUGCUUUACAAGGCGGUUUCUGGAUUCUGCAUCUCCUGUAAGAGUCUCAAAUCCACUGCAGGCCAUGGCCCCUACAAUGGCACCCCCCUCUCUGAUCAUGAGGCCCUCAUGGCUACUCUCUGUGUGAGACAUAGUCCCCUCCAGCAAAAUCCCAGCUUUACCUAUGGACCAGCAGGGAGGUUGCCGUUGAUCAGUGUGCUGAGGGAGGCCUGGACAGAGCUGGGGCUGGGUAUAGCCCAGGCUCGUUGGUGGGCUGCCUUCGCUGGCAAUGUGAUUGGUGUGGGGCUGCUUCUCCUGGUGUUGCUUUGUUUCCUUGUAGCAGAAGAAAGGGCCAGGGAAGUGGCCAUACUGCUUUGGACGCCCAAUGUAGGACUGGUGCUGGGGGCAGGCGCAGUCUACCUCUUCCACACGCAGGAGGCCAGAGGCUUGUGUAGGGUCCAGACUGAACUCCAGCAUGUGCUUGGAAGGGAAAGGGAAGCCCAGGACCUGAGCUCAGAGCCUCAGUUAGCUCUGCUCCUGGGGCAAGAGAGGGGACAGAACUGAGAAUCAAUAAAGCUUGACAUUUUA